AUGGCAGAGGAUGACUGCACGAGUGAUUUGAAAUCGGUCAAAGAUCAAGCCGACGAGAAAGUCGCAGCGUUUGCAAGUUAUACUCAGAGCGGGAAGCAGUGCAACAAUGACGGUGACUGCAGAACAGCCGGCAAAGGAGGUAUAUGCGUAAACGUCAAAGAUCAAGGAAAACCAAUCGAUCCUCUGAAACCAGGAACAUCAGCGCGGCUUUGUUGCUCCUACUCGGCCAAGAAUGAUUCGGAAGUUUAUCUUUGCGAAACUGGAAAAGCAAUACCUAAAGCCGGAGGAGGUCAUUUAGAGUGCGGAAAUGACGAAGAUUGCAAUAGGGUGGAAGGCACGGUUCUGGCUGCAAAGGAAAAGUGGGAAGCCGAAUGCGUGGUCAACGAAAAAUUCAAAAAAAAAUAUUGCUGUCCU